AUGACCACCGGGAAGUCAGAUGAAUUGUCAGCCCGUGAAGCUUCAGACUCGCAGUCUCCUCCCUACUCCGUUUUCGCUCCCAUCGAAAAGCGCGUCAUCGUCGCUAUCGUUUCCUAUGCAGCUUGGUUCUCCACCCUCACGAGCUUCAUAUAUUACCCAGCAAUCCAUCAGCUAGCUCACGCCUUCUCUGUUUCAGUCGAAAAAAUCAAUCUCACUGUGACUUCUUACAUGGCGGUUGCAACAAUAGCACCAACUUUGGUAGGCGAUACUGCUGACGUUCUAGGUAGAAGACCUGUUUACGCACUCGCGCUGAGUCUUUACAUCGGAGUCAACGUCGCCAUCGUGCUGGCCGACAGCUACGCAGCACUGGUGGGUUUGAGGGUAGCGCAGGCGCUGGCGAUAUCUGGUAUGCAGUUUCCUAAUAGUUGA